UACAAAAGGAUUAAUAUGAUCACGACAUCCGCUGGGGAAUAAUUCUCCAUUCCUCAAGAUCCCGGCCCCAGCCGCCAUCCAAGUCAACCGAGCGAGCCACCCACACACCAGCCGAAUCCACUACACGUCCACAAGCUACCGCCUACACCAUACCGACUCCCUCGCCUCGCUCUCACACGCCCAUCUUCCCCACCUGCCCGACCACCACCGUAUCCAUCCCCAUUUCCCACACGUAAUGGACGCUUCCACCGCCCGCACUUCAAUUUCGCCCCGCACGCGCACUAAGCGCGCCGAUUAGCUUGCGUGGGCGUUCCACUCGCUAAUCCCUCGCUUUCCAGCAACGUACCGGUGGUGGCAUGUCGUUGCGACGCCUCUGCUUCGUACUGCCGAUGGACGUCGACGAGGCCGUCCUGGCGGCGGCGGAGGAGGCGCGCUACCGGGUGACGGCCUGCCAGACGGUUCGGUCGUACGUCCGCGGCACGGUCGGCCGCAUGCUGUCCUGCCUCCGCUGCCGGUCCUGUGCCGGCGCUGACCGCUGCCGCGACUCGUCGGGGAUGGCGUUCGAGGAUAUCGCCGGCGUGGAUGAGGGCGGAGGGAGGAAGCUCGCGGGGUCCGGCGGCAGCCCAAGGAUAUUCAGCUACUCGGAGCUGUACAUCGGGGCCGAAGGGUUCAGCGACAAGGAGGUCCUUGGGAGCGGAGGUUUCGGCCGGGUGUACCGGGCCGUGCUGCCCAGCGAUGGCACGACAGUGGCCGUCAAGUGCAUCGCCAGCCACGGCGACCGGUUCGAGAAGUCCUUCCAGGCGGAGCUUGCGGCGGUUGCGAGGCUGCGCCACCGCAACCUCGUACGGCUCCGCGGAUGGUGCGUGCACGGGGGCGAGGAGCUGCUGCUGGUGUACGACUACAUGCCCAACCGCAGCCUCGACCGCCUACUCUUCGCCCCGGCCUCCGCCAAGCAGGUUCCCGUGCUGAGCUGGGACCGGCGGCGGCGCAUCGUCGCUGGGCUGGCUGCUGCGCUCUUCUACCUGCACGAGCAACUAGACACGCAGAUCAUCCACCGGGACGUGAAGACCAGCAACGUCAUGCUCGACGCGGAGUACAACGCCCGGCUUGGGGACUUUGGCCUCGCCCGGUGGCUCGAGCACGCGGUGUGUGCCGACGACGCGGCGCAGCCACACCUGGAGGUGUCGCCGUCACCACCGUCCCUGCGGUUGUCGUCCUCUGCCUCGGCGAACUAUCAGUUCCGGCUGAUGGACACAAGCCGGAUCGGCGGAACUAUCGGGUACCUGCCGCCGGAGAGCUUCCAGCGCCGGGCCAUGGGCACCGCAAAAUCCGACGUCUUCAGCUUUGGGAUUGUGCUCCUGGAGGUGGCCACUGGGCGGCGUGCAGUCGACUUGGCGUACCCCGACGACGAGAUCUUCAUGCUGGACUGGGUGCGGCGGCUAUCUGACGAGGGGAAGCUACUAAACGCUGCAGAUGGUAAACUGCUGGACGGCGCCUACGCGCUGUUCGACAUCGGGCGGCUCAUCCAUCUCGGCCUCCUCUGCUCGCUGCAUGACCCGAAGGCUCGUCCAACCAUGAAAUGGGUGGUGGAGAACCUGUCCGACGGCUGCUCCGGCGACCUCCCGCAUCUCCCGUCGUUUGUGGCUCAUCCCAAGUACAUCUCUCUCACUUCAUCCUCUGACUCCGGCACGACAACCAUCACCACCGAAAGCACGGUAACAACACAAUCCAAGCCCGUCUACGCCACCGCUGCUGCAGAUACCAUUUACCACACUGCAGAAGAUGGAAGAUCCAGCUCCAGGUCCGCUGAUUCAGGUGGCAACAGCCGGCGGUCGUCGCGGCCAGUGACGAUUCCGAAUGUAGACAUGCCCCGCGAGAUAUCCUACAAGGACAUCGUCGCGAUCACGAACGACUUCUCCGAGUCCCAGGUGGUUGCCGAGCUGGAUUUCGGAACAGGGUAUGAGGGCUUCUUGGACAGCGGCCACGGCCGCGUUCACGUUCUCGUUAAGCGCCUCGGGAUGAAGACAUGCCCGGCGCUGCGAGUCCGGUUCGCCAGAGAGCUCUGCAACCUAGCAAAGCUCCGUCACAGGAACCUUGUCCAGCUGCGCGGGUGGUGCACGGAUCACGGCGAGAUGCUCGUCGUCUAUGACUACUCGCCGGGGAGCCUCCUGAGUCACUACCUAAUCCGGCGCGACGACGCGGUCCUCCCCUGGCGCCACCGAUACAACAUCGUCAAGGCGCUCGCGUCGGCCAUCCUUUAUCUGCACGAGGAGUGGGAUGAACAGGUCAUCCACCGCAACAUCACGUCCUCAGCGGUGUUCCUGGACCCCGAACUGAACCCGCGUCUCGGAAGCUUCGCGCUCGCCGAGUUCCUUUCAAGAAACGAGCACCACGGCGGGCACGGUGUCGUGAUAUCUACCAGCUCGGCGCGGGGCAUCUUCGGCUACAUGUCACCGGAGUACAUGGAGACUGGUGAGGCGACCACCAUGGCCGACGUCUACAGCUUCGGCGUGGUAGUAUUGGAGGUGGUGACUGGUACGAUGGCGGUGGACGGGAGGUUGCCAGAAGUUCUUCUUGUCAGAAAGGUUCAGCUGUUGGAACAGCUGAGCCGACCAGUGGAGGUCCUGGCGGACAGGCGACUGGACGGCAAGUUUGACAGUAGGGAGCUUGUGCGGUUGGCUAAGCUUGGAAUCGCGUGCACCCGAUCAGACCCGACAGCGAGGCCGAGCAUGAGGAAGAUUGUGAGCAUUCUGGACGGCAACGACGAAUUUCUGGACAAGUUCGAGCAGAGGAAAGAGAGCGCAGAGGACUGGCAGAGGAGGAACGCUGCUAAUCUUGCCUUAGUAAGGAGAUUCCAGGCUCUUGGCAUACACUGAAUGCUUUGAAACACGAGGAAGGGAAUUACUAGUUAUUCAUCUUUUGUUGUUCUGGAGACUUCUAACUUGUUCUAUGAGUUUAACAUCUGAUGUAAACACUUUGUAUUUUUGUUUGAUGUAUCAGCAAUUCAGUAUCUCAAAGCAUGAAGCUGAUGAAUAGAGUAGACGACCAUACUUGUAUUUA